GCAAGCCAUACGAUUAGUCGAUCUUUCUGUCGCCAUUUCCCUUUCAAUCUCUCUCUCUCUCUCUCUCUCUCUCUGCGUCUCUUAUCUCCACAGUCCGUACUACACUUGAAGCUUCAUCACUACCAAAAUAUCUGGAACCCACCCUCUCCCGAAUCAAUCUCCAUUCCCAAGCCCUAACCUUAGCUCCCUACUCCCUGCAAAAUGGACAUCUCCCCCUUGCGCCGCCACUGCAUUUCGCCUCCUCCACCCCGCCCCCUCUCGGCCCUGCCCCGGCUCUCGGUCUCGCUCCGCAGGAGCCCCUGGCUUGCCUCGUCAUUCCUCUCGAUCCAUCGCCGCAGGAACCUCUGCUGUGCUUCGUCCAGCUCGGAGACGUUAGUAGAGGAAGGGAGGAGGCACGGGGAAGCUAUCGUCAGCAAGAAGGGGGAUGAGGAAUUUGGGGACUUGAAGUCGUGGAUGCACCGGAACGGCCUGCCUCCCUGCAAGGUCAUGCUCAAGGAGCGGCCUUCGCAUGACAAGAAGCACAGCCCGAUCCACUACGUCGCCGCGAGCGAAGAUCUACAGGCAGGUGAUGUCGCAUUUUCCGUUCCAAAUUCACUGGUGGUGACGCUUGAGAGAGUUCUGGGGAACGAGACUAUUGCUGAACUACUGGCCACGAACAAAUUGUCCGAAUUGGCUUGCUUGGCCUUGUAUCUUAUGUAUGAGAAGAAGCAAGGGAAGAAAUCCUUUUGGUACCCCUAUAUUAGAGAGCUUGAUCGUCAGCGAGGGAGGGGCCAGAUGGCAGUCGAAUCUCCACUUUUGUGGUCAGAAUCUGAGCUUGACUACUUAACUGGCAGUCCCACAAAGGCUGAAGCUCUCGAAAGGGCUGAAGGGAUUAAAAGAGAGUACAAUGAGCUUGACACAGUCUGGUUUAUGGCUGGUUCCUUGUUUCAGCAAUAUCCAUAUGACAUACCAACUGAAGCCUUCCCAUUUGAGAUUUUCAAGCAAGCUUUUGUUGCAGUUCAGUCUUGUGUGGUGCACUUGCAGAAAGUCAGUUUGGCUCGAAGGUUUGCUUUGGUCCCUCUUGGACCUCCAUUGCUAGCUUAUAGAAGCAACUGCAAGGCCAUGUUGACUGCUGUUGAUGGUGCAGUCCAACUAGUGGUUGAUCGGGCGUACAAGGCUGGGGAAUCAAUUGUUGUCUGGUGUGGUCCUCAGCCCAACUCGAAACUGCUGAUAAACUAUGGGUUUGUUGAUGAAGAUAAUGCCUAUGACCGCUUAGUCGUGGAGGCAGCUCUGAAUACAGAUGAUCCUCAGUAUCAGGAUAAAAGAAUGGUUGCUCAAAGAAAUGGAAAACUAUCGAUACAAACUUUUCAUGUGUAUGCAGGAAAGGAAAGGGAAGCCAUUUUAGAUAUGCUUCCUUAUCUUCGACUGGGCUAUGUUUCAGAUCCCUCUGAAAUGCAGUCAGUUAUUUCCUCACAAGGUCCAAUCUGUCUGGAGAUACUAUCUUAUGAUGAUGCUCUACGUACAAGCAGCUCUCUCUCUCUCUCUCUCUCUCUGCGCACGUGCGUACUAGUAAGACAGUCUGCAUUAUUGAAUUUCAUGCUGCAGGUGAGCCCUUGCAUGGAAAGGGCAGUCUUGGAUCAACUGGCUGACUAUUUCAAGUCUCGACUGGCUCGCUACCCAACUACCUUGAGCGAAGAUGAGUCUUUGUUGGCAGAUCCGACAUUAAAUCCUAAGAAGCGGGUUGCCACGCAGCUUGUGAGGUCAGAGAAGAAGAUGCUCACAGCAUGCCUGCAGGCAGCGGUUGACCUGAUAGACCAGUUACCUGAUCACACCGUAUCUCCUUGUCCAGCUCCAUAUGCCCCGAUAUUCAAAUGAAAGAGAUGAAAAGAAAAAGGCCAUGUGUUCUAUGAAGUUGUAAAGCUUUGGCGAAUUGUAACUUGGCCAUCUGGUUGAAGUUAGAGGCUGAAUAUCAGGUCCAGUGGAGAAGCUGGAUAAGCAGAAAACUCACCCUUUCAGCUUCCGAGAUGGUUAAUCGUGUAUACAACUUGUUGGCCCGAAUCAUGUGCUUACUGAUCCUAGUUGAGAAAAGUCUUUCAUCCCCCAAUCCGUAUCGUUUUCUUCUUUUAGUUCAGUUACUAGGUUAGUUCCCUUUGAAGCUCUGGCUACAUGAUUCGCGCAAAAGGAGGUAUGGGUAUCUUUCAAUGAGCACCAGUGUAAAGAUAUUACUUCUGUAAAUGUGAAUACGAAUAAACUAAUGGAGAAAAUUCAAACCUAUUUUGAUA